AGUAUUUCCGCCUUUAGGUAGCGCUCAUGAAGUUUCGUCUGGUGAACGCGCCCAUUUGAUUUUUGAAGGUGCAUAACCUAACUUUUAUUGUAAUAGUAUUUCCCAAAAUCUAAACAAUAAUGCUUUUUUACUCAUUUUUCAAAUCCUUGGUUGGCAAAGACGUCGUCGUCGAACUUAAAAACGAUUUAAGUAUCUGCGGCACUUUACAUUCUGUCGACCAGUAUUUAAACAUCAAAUUGACCGACAUUAGCGUUACGGAUACGGAGAAGUACCCUCACAUGCUUUCCGUUAAGAAUUGUUUCAUACGGGGAUCGGUUGUGCGUUACGUGCAGUUGCCGGCGGAUGAGGUCGACACACAGUUGCUGCAGGAUGCCGCACGAAAGGAAGCGACGGCACCUACACGAUAAUUGUAUAUCUAAGUUACUAAUAAGAUAAUUUUGUAAGACUCACCGUGAUGUAAUUAUAUGAUUAACGUCU